AUCUAAUGGAGACGUUUUCAUUGAUUUGUGGAAUUAGUAUUCAUAAUUGUCGCUUAUAUGAACGUUCUGUUAGGGUGUUAACACAGCGAGAAGCCUUGAACGAGUUACUUGCAUAUCAUACUACAUGCGACCGAAAACUUAUUGAACCUUUCUUAAAAGUAGUGCCACGAUCAUCUGAAGAGUACAAUAUAUAUUCCUAUGCCUUCGAUGAAUCUGCAUUUACAGCGGAUGAAACUGUUCAUUUGUGUGUUCGGAUGUUACUUGAAAAAAAUGUGUUAAUCGUAUUAGAUUUACCAAUUGAUAUUUUAUACAGGUUUAUUUUAACCGCAAGGAAGAAUUAUCGUCUGAACGUUUACCAUAAUUGGGGUCAUGCUGUUAAUGUUAUGCAGGCGAUGUUUAGUAUAUUGACUACUGGUCACAUGCAAUUAUAUUUCACAGAAUUAGAGCAGAUUUGCUUAUUAAUUGCAGCUCUAGUUCAUGAUCUUGACCAUAGAGGUAAAAAUAAUGCAUUUCAAGAGAAGACCUCAUCGCCUUUUGCUAUACUGUACAGUUCAUCUGUCUUGGAACACCAUCACAUAGAUAGAACUUUAAUGAUAUUAAACACUACCGAAACCAAUUUAUUUCAGAAUCUCCCAGAUACGAAUUACAAGUACGGUCUUAAAGUUAUCGAGAAAGCCAUUCUGGCCACAGACUUGCAAGGUUAUUUUACAAAACGUGAAGUUUUAAAGGAAAAACUCGAAAGCGGAAACAAAGUAUUUGACACCCAAGAAAGUGUCGAAUUAUUAAUGAGCAUUUUAAUGACAGCAUCUGAUCUUUCAGGUAUCACAAAGCCAUGGGAAAUUCAAAAGUCAAUUGCAGUUAAGGUUGCAGCUGAAUUCUACGAGCAGGGAGACGAAGAAAAAGGUUUACAGCAGGAAGUUCCAGCUCUUAUGGAUCGAGAAAAUCGAUACAAACUUCCGAGAAUGCAAAUCGCAUUCAUCGAUGCUAUUUGUUUUCCGCUUUAUCAACUUUUAUGUGAAGUACAAGACAGUUUGAUACCUCUAUAUGAAGGGGUGCUACAAAAUAGGAUUCAUUGGUCCAAUAUAGAUGACGGCUUAGAAGAUUUUGAUAUUGACUUCGAAAUGCAAAAGACUUACAGAGAAUUCACACGCUAUUCAGGUUUUGAAGAGGAUGAGAUCUCCACUCCCCAUUUUGAACAUGAUAAGGUCUUCAACACGUCUAUUUGUACCCAAACUACCUUAAUUUUCCCGAAGAUCAAAGAAAAAAAAGAAUCAAGGGAAGAAUCCUGUCAAACGGAUAACUUUAAAGAAAAUAUUCCGAAAUCUUCCAGUAUAAUCGGAUUAUUAGGAUCUAUUAUUGUUUUAGAGACAGUAAAAGACAGUCCUUCACCAAAACUUUUAUCUGUAGAAGUAGACAAAUGUAAGGAUACAAAGUCAAGAGGUAUCCAGACAAUAGUGCUUCAACGUUCUCAAAGCGCUAGGUCUGACGGGAGUUAUGGAUAUAUCACUAGUAAUUUAAGUCCUACAUCUCCUACGGCUUGGAACAUGGCAGGUUUGGAACUGAGUGAUUUCAUUCUGUCAACCAAAUCCUCACCUGUAAAAUCGCGUUCAACUGGAACCGAUCUUACUGAGGGUAUUCGAAAAAUAUCUUCGCAAAAAUUAUCAUUCCAUGAAACAGAAGAACAAGCUAAAACAGAAGAAGCACUGUCAUUGAAACUCAAAGACGAUUCAAUGUUGACUAAGACGAUAAAACGCCGAUCAUCAUUGAGAAAAAAUAGGACGUUAUCUGAGGGAACAGAAGGAAAAUCAAGCAUCAACGAACCAAUGAGUACAUUGUUUCCGGCAUUUUCUUCAACAAACGUCUCGUUCUGCGACAAAGAACUUCGUGAACCUGACGAAGAAAUAUGCAAGAGUGAACAACAAUCAUCUGAGAUUUUAAACGAAAGUGACACUUAUGGAAUGACCGCCGAAGAAAAGGAAAGGAUUGCUAGUACUGCUAUGAAAGAACUGAACCAAAAUCGAAGGAGAAAAUGUCUGAGGAAA